UACCACAAUUCAGUUCAGAAAUAGCAGCGUUUGGCAACUUAUAGCACAUUCGUGUUCUCUCUUUCACCGUUCGCCAUAUUCUCAUUCCGAAUAGUCGCCUUCUAUACCAGUGCGUAUAAAGAUUCCGACUUCAUUGAGAAUUUGAAAUUCAUUAUAAUCGUACAGUGUUUUAAAUAAUACAAAAUAAUUUAUUUUACCAAUCAUCAGCUUGCUAAAUAAAAACAGUGAAAUAUAUUCAUUUAACAAUUAAUCGACAGUCAGAGUUCUUAGAAGUGAGAGUGGAAAUAGUGUCGUGAAUUUUCACAGAAAAACUAAAACUUAAUAUUUUGUCAAUUUUCGAAAACAAAAGAACUUUUCCAACAAAAAUGAAACUCAUUUUGGCUUUUACUGCUUUCCUUAGUGCCAUUGCACUCAUUUCCGCAGAUUUGGAAUGUUCCAUUCCCCUUGAUGAAAAAGCAGAAAUCCCACAAGGAUGGAUCAAUAUGACAAAAGUUUGCACAAAUGCUUUGAAAAAGCAAAUCCAAACUGAAAUUGGUGCCUCAUACGAAUACCUUGAAAUGGCAGCCUACUUCUCACAGGACAUUGUCAAUCGUCCAGGAUUCGCAGAGCAUUUCUUCAAGUCUGCUAGGGAAGAGCGUGAGCAUGGACUUAAAUUGAUUGAAUAUCUGACAAUGCGUGGUGGUGAUCUUCAAGAAGGUGUUCAUAAAUUGAUUUCAGUUCCUUACAAAGAGGAAAACUACGAAAUCAAGUUUGACGGAGUAAGUGCCCUCAAGCAUGCCGUUGAAAUGGAAACCGCUGUCACCAAGUCAAUUCGUGCACUCAUUGAAACUUGUGAAAGUGAAAACAAUGACUACCAUCUCGUUGAUUACUUGACCGGUGUUUAUCUUGAAGAACAACUCAAGGGAACCCGGGAAUUGGCUGGUAAAUUGACAACACUCAAGAAGAUGCAGAACAGCCAUGGUCAAUUAGCCGAAUUCUUGUUCGACAAACAAUUGAUGUAAAUGAAUAAAAUGUAUUAUUCAACAUCUCCAUUUUUCUCUGUGGUGUCUUGUUAUCACAUCUCGAGACACAAGAUGAUUAUAAAUUAUUUCUUCAAUUAAACAUCUGAACAUCAUUUUUAAACAACAAAAUCACAUGCAGUUCCAUUAAACAAAAGCUUUAAAACAUCAAAGCAAAUAACAAUUGUUAUCAAAUAAAUUGUAAGGAAAUAUUAAAAAUAUUUACUUAAAAACAUAAAUAAAAUCGAACUGUAAUCUGAACAAAAUAAA